AUGUUGGAAGAAGUAUGUUUUAGAUAUGAGCUUCCAGUGGCUUUAACAUGGGCUUGUGAGGCUACUACAGAUAAAAUUAUGUUGGAUGGCAAGAAACAUACUCUAUUCAUGGAAAGGACUUCUUGUUAUGCAAGUAAUGAGGGGUCUCAAUGUUUCAUGGAAGCAUGUGCAAAACAUCAUAUUCAAGAAGGGCAAGCCAUUGCUGGGAAAGCAUUCCAAUCAAGUGCUAACUUUCAUUUCAAACCAAGUAUUACAAAGCUUAUGAAAAGUGACUAUCCACUGUUUAAUGCUGCACAGUUGUUUGGUAGCCAUGCUGUUGUUGCUAUCUGUCUACAAAAUCACUACAUCAUUGGUGAUGUUUAUGUAGUAGAAUUUUAUUGGCCUGAAAUUGAAAGUGAGAAAUCAGAAUCUUUAGCACUUGAUAUCUUCAGUGACUUGAAAAAUAUGAAGAAAAAGUUUGUAACUAUACGAGUUGGAGGUAAUGAAGUUGGAUUCGAGAGAGAAGCCAUUUCAACCACUCUGCAGGGGACAAUGCAUAUGAGAAAUGCGCAACCAGCUUCAUCCACCAAUGAUUUACUAAGCUCAAACACAACAUGGUCUUUGAAUGCAGUUCAACAAUGUGAUGUUCAUGAAAUGGAAAGACAUGGGCUUGUUGAGCAGGUAGAAUCAGCUCCCUUUAGCACACCCAAUCCCAUGAGUUAUGGAGGAGUACUACAAACCCAAGGGCCUCAUAAACAGGAAAUUGGUGAUAAGGAUUUCAUUUCUCAGACUGUAUCCAUUGGUGACUAUGAGAUUGUGAAAGCAUACAUGGAGACCUGUAAAGUCCCACGAACCAAACGGAGAAAGUACUCGUCUAAAGUUUGGCUGGAUUUCGAUAAGUUUGAAGUGAAUGGAAAACAAGUAGCCAAAUGUAAACAUUGCAAUAAGGAUUUUACAGGGUCAAGCAAGAGUGGAACCACACACUUGAAAAACCAUUUGGAAAGAUGCCAAAGUAAGAAAAUAAAAAAAUCAGGAAAGGCAGUUAAGCACAUCUGA